AUGUGCAAACACAUCCUCAACGCCCAAGUCUCGGUCCGCUCCCCUUGCUGCCGCAAGUGGUUCGACUGUCCAGAAUGUCACGCAGAACAAGAAGAUCACCCGCUUCUGCAGCGGUUCGAGAUGGUGUUCGCCUGCAAGAAGUGCAAGAAGUGCUUCCGCAAGGAUGCACGCGACUUCGAAGAGGCAGAUGAGUACUGCCCACACUGCGAUAACCACUUCGUCCUCGAGGCUGUCACUCCUAAACCUGCUAUUACCGUUGAGGGAGACGAUCCGCGCGUCAACAACCGUAUGAUCAAGGACGAGCGCACAAAGAAGGGUUCCGAACCAAUCAAGUUUUCAGUGUUUGACCCGGAUAAGGAUGCGGACAAGUUGUUGUAA